AAAUACAGCUAACUUCCCUCGUCAAGUACUAUAGCUUGCAUCUGAACUAUUCUUCUCGCAACCGAUGAGUUUUAUUGUCACUUGCGGUUUGUUUCAAAAUAUCUGGAUAUUUGUGAACAUUGCAUACUAAUAUAAGGCAGUAAGAAAAAUUUUAAACCAAUAAAUACAUUUAUUUACACACUCCUAGUAGUGUAGUGGAAUUUUCAUCAGUAGGUGUGAGUGUACUUCUCAGUCUCUUUUGUUUUUUUCGCCGCUGUUGCUUUGUUGUUUUGGCGCCUUUAAGUCAACGCCAGCGGUGUGAACAAUACUGAAAUCAUGGUCGAUCGUAGUGAUAAUGCUGAGUCUUUCGAUGAUGCCGUCGAGGAACGUGUCAUUAACGAGGAGUAUAAAAUCUGGAAGAAAAAUACUCCAUUUCUGUACGAUUUGGUAAUGACCCACGCCUUGGAAUGGCCAUCGCUAACCGCACAGUGGCUUCCAGACGUGACUAAGCAGGAAGGUAAAGAUUAUUCGGUGCAUCGUUUAAUCCUGGGAACUCAUACAUCGGAUGAACAAAACCACUUGCUCAUUGCAAGCGUUCAGUUGCCCAGCGAAGACGCACAGUUCGAUGGUUCUCACUACGACAAUGAGAAAGGGGAGUUUGGAGGGUUUGGAUCGGUUUGUGGGAAGAUUGAAAUCGAAAUUAAAAUCAACCAUGAGGGUGAAGUAAAUCGAGCACGUUAUAUGCCCCAAAAUGCGUGUGUAAUUGCUACAAAAACGCCAUCAAGUGAUGUGCUUGUGUUUGAUUACACGAAACAUCCUAGUAAGCCAGAACCAUCAGGAGAAUGUCAUCCGGACUUGCGCUUACGAGGACAUCAGAAAGAGGGGUACGGUCUGUCAUGGAAUCCAAAUUUAAAUGGUUAUCUGUUAUCUGCGUCUGAUGAUCAUACAAUUUGCCUUUGGGAUAUUAACGCGACUCCUAAGGAACACAGGGUAAUUGAUGCAAAGAAUAUUUUCACCGGUCACACUGCAGUAGUGGAAGAUGUUGCCUGGCAUUUGCUGCAUGAAUCACUUUUUGGCUCUGUGGCUGAUGAUCAGAAACUAAUGAUUUGGGAUACUCGUAAUAAUAAUACAUCGAAACCAUCUCACACUGUAGAUGCACACACAGCCGAAGUAAAUUGCUUAAGUUUUAACCCCUAUUCGGAAUUCAUUUUGGCUACCGGUUCUGCUGAUAAAACAGUAGCUUUAUGGGAUUUGCGUAAUCUUAAAUUAAAAUUGCAUUCCUUCGAGUCACAUAAGGACGAGAUCUUCCAAGUGCAAUGGUCGCCCCAUAAUGAAACAAUCUUGGCAUCGUCUGGUACGGAUCGCCGUCUACACGUAUGGGAUUUGUCAAAAAUAGGCGAAGAACAGAGCGCAGAAGAUGCCGAAGACGGACCUCCUGAGCUAUUGUUUAUUCACGGGGGACAUACGGCGAAGAUUUCAGACUUCUCGUGGAAUCCCAACGAACCUUGGAUAAUUUGUUCUGUUUCAGAGGACAACAUCAUGCAAGUUUGGCAAAUGGCCGAAAAUGUUUAUAAUGAUGAAGAACCCGAAAUACCAGCAUCUGAAUUAGAAACACCCACCGCCUAAUUGCUUCUGGGUUUUCGUUAUUUUUUAUAUUUAUUUUUAAAUCCAACCACUAUAUCAAUCUCCUAUAAGUGGACAUAAAAUAAUAUUUCCUUUAUGGUUUUUUGAUAUUAAUAAAUAUGACUUAGUAA